CUGCGCCUGCGCGCCUCACUCUUGACCUCUCCAGCUCGCUGCAACUGCCAACAAGCCGCAUGCGCGUCCAUGAGCAAGGACCGCGCGUCACAGUUCCUGCGGAACUCGGGAGGCUGUUGUCGGACUCCGAAAGCUAGACUUCUAUCUAGAAAAUAAUGAACAACAAAUUUGAUGCGUUGAAAGACGAUGACAGUGGAGAUCACGAGCAGGAUCAAGGGUCACCGAAAGACAGUGAAAAGGAAAAACUUGAAGAAGACAAGGAGCAAAACAUUAUAAAGAAAAAAAUGGUGGUGCCAGGACCAGGAGAGCAUCCCCUUCAGUACAACUACACGUUCUGGUACUCGAGGCGUACUCCAGGGAGACCGGCCAGCACUCAGAGCUACGAACAGAACAUCAAGCAGAUCGGCAGCUUUGCCUCGGUGGAGCAGUUUUGGCGCUUUUACAGCCACAUGAUCCGGCCUGGUGAUCUCACAGGUCAUAGUGACUUCCACCUGUUUAAGGAAGGCAUAAAGCCCAUGUGGGAGGAUGAUGCCAAUAAAAUGGGUGGGAAGUGGAUCAUUCGCCUAAGGAAAGGCCUGGCGUCUCGAUGCUGGGAGAACCUGAUCCUGGCCAUGCUUGGGGAGCAGUUCAUGGUCGGAGAGGAGAUCUGUGGCGCUGUCGUGUCAGUACGCUUCCAGGAGGACAUUAUAUCCAUCUGGAACAAAACGGCAAGCGACCAAGCGACGACGGCCCGCAUCAGAGACACGCUGCGCCGAGUCCUCAACCUGCCUCCCAACACCAUCAUGGAGUACAAGACACAUACAGACAGCAUUAAACGCAGCCUAGAGGUCCAUGGUAACUUGGAGGAGCUGCAGAGAUCUCCAGCUCAGAGCCUGGGAAGACUUCCAUGGUCUGGUGAAUGCUAGUGGCGGACGUUAGCCCCUCACACGGAGAUACUCUGGGAAGAGUUUGUGUGUUUACGUGGCGUGUUGAGGGGUGGACGAGUCCAGGGCUGGAUACCUCUGCGUGGAUCGGCACUGUGCAACAUGAGGACAGAGGAAAUAUCCACAGGAACAGAGGGCCUGAAGACCAUUCCCUAUUUUUGUCCAGUUUUGAUGCUUGAAAGGAAAGACACGCCAGCGAUCGGCAAAGCGAAGAGAAAUAAUCAGUCAACCGGAGAAGAACGAAGCCUUCAUUAUUCUUGUUUACGAGUUUUAACAUGUUAACUUGCCAGCAGAGGGAGGCUGUGUGACUGGUGUCUGCUCAUCCGUCUGUUUGCUGCCAAAGUGUGCUGGACAAAAUACAACGAAACUUGUUUGAUGUAGAAAUGAAUGUCAUGUAUUGUUGAGCAGAAGCUGUUGACACGAGUCUGCUGAGGAGUUUUAGUGGGACUCAAACAGGCCAACAGGUGGACAAAGUUUUAUUACAGCGAUGUAUUUUAAAUGCCAUUCCUGUCAUUCUGAACACAAUCGCAUCAUUUUCAUGUACGAUAUACUCGUGUAUACUUUAUGAAUCUGUCAUUUCACUCUCUCCGACAUGGACCUUUUACUCUGAACAGAGACGGGCCGUCCCGCGGUGAGCAGAACGUCGCAUCGGAGCUUUCUUUAAGGUUCACUACUAGCUGCCUCAAUCACAGUGCCUGGCCUCGAGCCUCGAGCUGUCCCAUCAGUUGAAGGUAUACGACGUCUUCAACUGGUUCAUAGAAAGGACUUUACUUAAACGUCCACAGUGAAAGCCUCCCGAGUCCAGUAUUUAUCACCUUUUACAGUUUAUCAGCAAAUUACAUGAAACUUUACCCAGGAUCAGGGUUUGUUAUAGAUUUCAUCCUGGGCAAUUAUUCUUCUUUUUUUUUUUUCUUUUUAAGGUCUGAAGUUUGUAAGUCUAAUUCUGCCCAAUAUGUUGUGGCAAAUGAUGGAAGAGUAACAUUGUUGGAGAUGUGCACCUGAUGGAUUCUAGCAAUAAAAGUUAAAUAUGCAUCUGCUGC